AUGCCGGAACACGAGGAAGUUGGCAAACGGAAGGAGCAGUUAAUCUUUAACGCGUCUAAUGACUGCAACCCCGCUGAUCGGAAGGAGCCGCAGAGCUGUGGGAUAGAAAACGAGAAGCGCGGUAGUGGAGGCAAGGGAUCCAAAGGCAAGUCGUGUCGCGUGGACACUGCUGUGGAAGACGCUGAGUAA